AUGAAGUCGAACACGACUAACCACCGUUCAUUGUUUCUCGCAGAUGAAAGCCACGAUGAAUCGUCCGACGAGCAAGCGCAGGGCCGCCCUCGCACCGGCCAACGGACCAAACAUCCAAGGCGCAGCCUCGAUGACGUCAACAAAGCUGACGUCGCUGGGAAAACCGUCCCUGCACCGGCAGCUGGAGUGAAGUCCGUGGCUGGCGGUGGUCCCCUCGAUGCUGCUGCAAGUGGUCCCUUCCCUGCUGCUGCCGCUGCUGGUGGAUCUUCCCCUGCUGUCGCUGCAGCCGGGUCUUCCCCUGCUGCCGCUGCUGCCGGAUCUUCCCCUGCCGCAGCUGCUGCCGGACCUUCCCGUUCUGCUAUUCCUGACGGUGGUUCCCCUCCUGCUGAUGUGGCUCCCGAUGCUGUUGUUCCCGCCGGGACACCUGCUGCUGUUGAAGGAAACCCCAACCGCAGCCCAAUGGAGUUGCUUAUGACCCGGGCGACGGGGCGUGCGUAUGCAACUGAUGCCGCUCGCUUCGACGAGGAAGCGCGCGCCGAACCUGAUGUGAAUGAGGAGCUUCGAACUAAGGCAGAAGCUCAUAAGGCGAUCGCCGGAGUUUAUCAGAAAGAGAAUGGUCGCCUCGCCGAUGACCUAAAAAGCGCGCUGGUGCUUAUAACGCACCUUGCUAAGAAGACUACGCAAGUGGACCAGUCGACUCUCGACUGGAAGGUGCGUUUCAAGCUUUGUUAUCCCCAUGGCAAGGCCCAGUUUAAGCGAUCAGGGGACCCGUCAGCCUUCUCCAGGCAGGCACGGGUGGUGCAGAGGUGGAUCAACGAGGGGCCCGUUGAACGGGAUGUCGACUGUGUCGGCAUUGGCAGCAUCUGCAUCGUUGGAUGGAAGGAGAUCCCUGAAGCUGAGCUGGAAGCAGAUGAGCUCGGGGAUUUGACCCGAGAUGACCUCACCUCCAGGGCUGCUUAUCGCAGGCUUCACAACGCAAACGAGCCGCAGAAGGAGCUGUUCUAG